AUGCAUUCUGCUCUCAACGCUCGUAUGAAUUCCGUCCCAGGCAUCGUCCCUGUCGCAGCCGCCGAGGCUAGCGGCAGCGAUUCACCUACCCCAAUUACCCUCGUACAAGCACCCACUCCACCACAAUCACCGACCAUGACUUCCUCGGCGGCAAGGAACACCAGCACAACCCUUAUUUCAGUCUCCACCUUUUUCUCGCCGAAGGCUAGGCACCAAGACAUUCUCCCCCGCCUCGUAUUCAUAUCAUCAGACUCGGUACAUUUCUACGUCCAUCCCCACGUCCUUACGGCUGCUUCGACCAACGGCUUCAAUAUGCUUCUCGACGAUGUCUUUCGACAAAAUCAAGACGGGGACACCAUGCCUCCCUCUCCCAUGCCGGCCAAGACGAUUCUCUUACAUUCAUCGACGCUAAACGUCAUCCUCCAUGCAGCUUACAACGCCCCUUGCUCGCAAUUCGCCCCAUCGACAGACACUCUAGUGGAAGCUAUCGAUCUUCUCCCGGAAUACGGAAUCGCCCCGUGUUCAUGUAUAUACUCAUCGUCGCCGACAUCGCCGACUCCGUCACGGCUAUACUCUCUUCUCUUGUCCCAUGCUCCCUUCCACCCUCUUCCAAUCUACACCCUUGCAGCUCACCAUGCUCUCGAGGAUCUGGCCAUCGCAAGCUCGCAACAUCUUCUCUCGACACAAUUCCAUAUGGUCUCAGACCAUGCUGCCAUGCGAAUGGGUCCGAUAUAUCUCAAGCGCUUGGCAUUCCUAUUGCUGGGACGGGUGGAAGCCUUGAAGCGACUAAUAGUGGAGCCACCACCGCUGCACGCGCCCACUGGUAUGUGUAGUGGAUUCGAACAGAAACGGUUAGCACGGGCGUGGACAUUAGCAGUCGCCUCACUUGUAUGGGACGCUAGACCAGUAGAUCUACCCACCUCGCUCAUUGAAGCCACGCUUCGCCCUCUGGGAAACCAUCUCGAUUGCCAUCUUUGCCAAUAUAAUUUGCGUGAUCGGAUACGCGAUGUGACAAUGCAUUGGUUAAGCGUCAAGGUGGGCCUAACCUUCACUGUUUUCGUUUUUCGCUGGAACGGAUUCUGA